GACACGAGGAAAAGAAAGGAACGAGACGUGAGAGCACAGAUAUUGGAGGUGGCGUCAAGACCAAACUGUCCGGGCUCCAAGGUAAUAUAAAGGCGUACGUCGACUUCACCUGGUUCAACUUACCUGGAACAUCGAACAGCUGCGUUGCCCAGCACGAUUGAGAACGUUCGCCACUGCCACACCACUUUCUACCAUCAUGGUGGUGUGGUUGGUGAUGUUCCUAGCAGUCUCCAUCCUGACGGAGGCAGCCAUACCGGAUCCACCAACUUCCGGUAUCACGACCGUCGGCUCGUUAAAAAUAGGAAUAGCUGCUGAUUGUGCUGGUGUUGUUGCUUUCUCGGCUACCCAGGCUUCUGUCGAUCAUGCCAAAGCCGUAUUCGCCGAGACAUUGGUCGACAAAGGCGUGGGUUACGUCGCCCAAACAGGAGUUUUCAUCACCCAUUGCCCGGGCUUGUAUCAGUUCAGCUUCGCCGGAUAUGGCAGCACCGACCUUCGGCUCACUCUGAAAAAGAAACUGAAUAAUUCCGAUAGCUGGAGACCCGUGGUCAGCACUGGUGCAGGAGGUGGUGCUAAUUUGGUCUUACUGGACGUCGAAGCUGGAGAUCAUCUCGCUGUUUUCGUCGAUGCAGGAAAAAUAUCGGAUGGCGUCACGUUCUCCGGAUACCGAAUAGCCAAAAAAUAAUCGGCCAGAAUUCAGAUAAUUCAACCACGAAACGACAAUCGUUUCCUGAAGUAGACAAUUUGAAAAGUUCGGAAUUAUCGAUAUGAAUCCAGUCAAGAGGAAACUGAACCAAAUUUCUAGCAAAUCAGUGGCAGAUUACAACGACGACGUGGAACUGUUCAUCCAAAAGACGCUGCUUCGACAAUCAGCAGAUAAAUUGAAAUACUCCGAAGUUAAUUAUUAAUAUCUUUGGAAGAAUUUGAAAUCGAUCUGAUACUAAAAAGUACAAAAUCGAGACUCGUAGAUGAAUUGGAUGAUAAAUUUGAUGAAUUAGAACUAAAAGUUUGAAUUCGUUACGCUUUUCUAAAUGAUGAAAUUUUGGAUUUGACGGCGUUCCUAAUUGGGAAACGUUCAAUCAGAGCGGUUUUAAUCUUCUCCACGAACUUAACGCUCUGUGAUAGCUUCUUCUCUACGUCUCUACUUUUCGAGGUCUCGCAAUUUUACUGAUCUCCUACUUUAUACAUUUAAAUCGCAUUGGCACGGAUCAUUAAAAUUGCGAGGCUGACAAACUCAAUCGGUACACUAUCUUCGACAUUCAUUUCUUCUGUAUCUUUUUCUUCUAUUUCUUAUCUUCGCCUUUUCUUGAUCUUCUUUUCGCUUUGUCUACUAUCUCUAUCCUAUUCUUUGAUAUGAAUUUCUUUUUGAAUUGCACACUCUAUUUCUCACUUUAAUUAACACUCUUCUCUUCUCUUCUGUAGAAACGAUCUUUCUAUUCUGACGCUACGAUCUGAUACUCUAUUACUUCCGUUUCAUUUUCUUCGUGAUUCUGUUUUUGUCUCUUUUCUCUAGAAUGCUACUGCUCUAAAUUUGUAAUUUCUUUCUUUCUUUCUUUACUAGACUAUUCUAUCUUUAUUUUCACACUUUUCUCAAGUACCUGUCAGUAUUACAAUGUCAAAAUUUGUUGAUCUUGCCAUAAAUUGCUUUCCAUCUAUUUCUUACGAUAUAGAUAAAGCUACUUCUUCUUGUUUUCUGUCUCAAAUCUAUCUUGCCUCGCAUAUCUCGUAUAUAUUUUACUUUCUCCUACAAUGCUGCAAUUAUAAAUAGUAGGUUAUUAUAACUAGUCCCUGCUCUCUUUGAAAUUUUUCUCUUUUAAUGACCGUCUUUCUCUUCAAUUUUCAUAUCUCUUUUCUGUUUCCCUACUGUACUAUCUCCACUGUAUUUCAGUUAGUAAUUUUAUCCCUUUUUACGUGAACUCGAGAAUACUAAAGUACCUGAAAUUUAAUACAUUAUAGCACUUUACCAUGUUUCCUAGGUGCUACUUUAUUUUUCUCCAAUUUCUCUGAUGAUUUAUUUUUGUAAAAUAUAUCUAUUUUCGUACUAUCGCUAUUUUUAUCUAUUUUAUCUCCUUCUGUAAUCGUAUUGUCUUAAAGUUAUUUAUAUUCUAUCCUUGUAGCCUCAUUCUGCUCUGUUCUUUCUGUAUACCUUUACUUUUUUUUUAUCUUAUUUCUUUGUACUCUAAUAUAAAAAUUGUUUUCCUAAUUAUAUUCUUCCUUUUGUUUUCUACACUGAUCUAUUAAGUUUGUGACAUAUUCUAUUUUUAUUACAUGUUAUUUAAUUUCUUUUUCAAUUCCAUAUCUUUCUAAGUUUUAUCGCUUCCAGCAUUGUCUUCUCAGUUUCUUCUGUCUUUUCUCCUCUUUCUGAAAUUAUUUUCUUAUAUUGAAUACUAUUAUACUUCACCAUAUUUCUUUUUUUUUCUAUUUAAAAGUUUAACUACUUUCUGUUCUUGUCACUCUUUGGAAAUAUUAGUUUUAUCCUUUCUCUUCUUCUAUGUCGUUAUUUUUUCAGUAUCAGCUUGAACUUUUCACAAAAUCGUAUUUUGUAUUUUCUCUGUUUAUUGUAUAUUCGAUACCUUUUUUUUCUUUUCUGAAUUCUGUUUUCUUCUCUGCAUCUUUUUCAAUUUUGUAAAUAUCUCUUGAAACUUUCGGUCUGCCUAUUUUUCGUCUAUUUAUCUGUUUACUAUACUUAUGCAACUUCUUUUGGUUUCUUCUGUUUUCUUUUCUUCAAACUUUUCUUUACCCCAAACUAUAAAUUUUCUUACAAAUUUAACAAUCCUACUGUUUAUACGAAAAAUCGAAUAAAAUUCUCUUGUCUUUUUCCAUUUUUAAAAAAAAACUCUACUUUUAUCUCACUUUUCUUUUCUGUCACUUUCCAAUUCUUUAUUCUGCUUUCUUCUAUUCUUCAAUUUCAUCUUUUCAAUUUCUACCCUCUACUUUCCUAUAUUUAAACCUUUCUCUAUCAAAUUUUCACUUUUUCAAGCUUUCCCUUUCUUCCACUUCUUUCUUCUUUCAUUUACUUUUAUCUACAUUUCUCUGUAUUCUAUCUGUCUGAGAAACUACAGUGAAUUUCAUGCUUAAGCUUACACAUAGCUGAAUUUCACAAGUUGAAAGAAUAAUCUAAGUAUUUUACAAAAGCAUGACAAAAGAAAAAUGAACGCGUAAAAGCGAAAGUGCACAGGCCGUGUCACUUUCGACCAGGAAACUGCGUUUCCUCUUGUCUUCUCUCACUUCUAGUCUAGUCUUCCCACCUAUCGUUACCUGGAUCUAUCAUAAAGUAAAAAAAGCUAUAUACGAGAGAACAGUGCGUAAUUCUCCUAAUGCUGUGAUUCUCAAGUGCUAUAGUUGUUUAUGCGAAAUCCAAGCUAUGUAAUAUACACGUUACCAAUGUUGUACUUUCCACUCUGCUACAUCUUUUCGCUCUAUAUUUUGCGAUUAAAACAGCCAAUUAUGUCCCGUUUCAGGGUAAAGCUACUUUUAGCCUCUCUUGUAAAGUAUAACAGUUGCUUAGUCGACUUUAAUCACCUGCAUCUAGUAUCCUUUCAGAUAUGUUAUCUGAAGAGAAAGAAAUGUACAUUUUAUUAAGAUUCUUAAAUGUAGAUUGGAAAAGUGAAUCGGUGAUUAAGCAACUGUUAUUCACUAUGUUUCAACUAUCUGUUUACAAUAAACGAUCGGUCUCUAUAUUUCUGCCUUUCUUUUUAUACUCUACUGUACCUAUUCUCUUCACCUGUCUUCGCAACUUUAUCUUUCUAUCUCUUAUUCUGUCCUAUUUCUUCCAUUUAAAUGUAAAUAUGAAAAUUAGCAUUUCUUUUAAAAAAUCUGUAUUUCCUCGUAUUUCUUUGAUUUGUCUAUUCCAUCUUCACUUGCUAUCACAGCAGUUACGUUGGCGAGAAGUUUCUAAUUUUUCAUUCGAGUCUCAGAAGCAAAAUCGGGUUUUCUUAACGAGAGAAAAACGUUGAACGUGGAAAAAGCGCGCGCGUAGCUGCGAAACAGUGCACUUUAUGUUUCUUCUGCUUUAUUCAAUUCUAAUCUCUGUAAAGUUUACAAUACUAACACACGUAAAAAUAACA